AUUUGGUGAUUACAGUGAAUAUAUAUUAUGUCAUCAUCUUAGGCACCUGUUUGUUGCACAAACGCCACCGCGACUCUACAAACAAGGACCCCUCUAUCGCGGAUAUUCUUACACUGAUAUCCUUGCCUUUAUUCUAUGCGCAAUUCGACACUAAAGACGCCCAUCAAAAUGCCCACCAGAAGCGGAGCACCGUACCUUGAGCAUCCGCAACCCCUCAUGCCAUCCUCCAAUGAGUUCCUCGAGGCGCAAGCCGACGCGAACACCCAGAGUACAUCCUCGACGAAAAGAAAGCGAGCCGCACCCAGCGAGAAUGAAGCACCAGUAGCACUCGUCAAGGCUCCACGGAAGAAAGCGAAUACUACCAAGCGCGCGCCAGCCGAAGUUGUUGAUCUGAAAGACGACGCGCUCGAGUCCAAGCCUGAACCUGAGGCCAAGAAACCAAGGACCAGAAAGCCAGAGCAGGAGAAACGGCUUAGGGUGUUCCGCAAGCAUGUGCCGCAGACGUAUUUGGAGAAAUUGGCGCGGGCAACGUCUCAGAGAAUGUUCGCUGUAAGUUCCUCGAUCAAUUGGACGGACGGGUAUCCUAUCAUGGAAUUUGGAAUGGCCGGGACCACUGGCAACCUUUACACUGUAAUUAUAAGGAAGGUGCCGAGUUGCAGCUGCCCGGAUAAUCAAAAAGGAAACCAAUGCAAGCAUAUUUGCUACGUCCUAAACAAAGCCCUCAAAGCCCCGGCACACCUCCAAUACCAACUCGCAUUUUUAUCAACGGAACUCAUCGAAAUCUACAAUGGAUCCUCCCUCAGCCGCGAAACCAAGCCCGAAGAAAACACCGCCGGCAAGCGCAAGCCCAUCGAGGGCGACUGUCCCGUCUGCUUCAUGGAGUUUGAACCCGACAAGGAAGGUAUCGUCUGGUGUCGAGGGUCGUGCGGGAAUAACAUUCAUAAAGUCUGUUUUGAUAAAUGGGCUGCUACGCAGCGGGAGCAUGGGGUUCGUUGUGUUUACUGUCGCGCCCAAUGGGAAUUCGAAACCGAGAACCUCAACAUGGACAAACUCAAGAAAACCGGACGAGUCAAUGACGAAGGCUAUGUCAAUGUCGCAGACCAACUGGGUCUGUCUGGUGAACGUGACUCUUCAACAUACUAUCAGUCUUGGGGUUACCGGGGAUCGUACUAUUAUGGGCAGCGCAGGUAUAGAUACUAGGGCUUUGGGACUCGGUGUUGGGUGGAUUAUUCUAGAUUGUGAAUUGCUAUAUACCCAUUUCGCUAGUUUCACUUUAAUGCUUAUUCUAUUGAGUUUCAACAAGAC